CCAGUAAUGUUCUCUUUGAGUAGCCAACAAGCAAGUUUUCUAUGGAGUCUUCGUCUCCAGACGUUAUUUAUCUGCGUUUCUCCCGCGGCCUCUUCCACUUUGCUUAUCCUUUUCAAACCUCUGUUUCUUCCUUUUCCCUGAAUUCUCAAUCGUCAUCUCUUGUUUCUGCUAUGGAUACACCCUGAGGAUCUAUAAGCACGUAUGUGGCAUGUUCAGCACACAAAGUGUUCGACGCUAUGCCUCAGUGAACUUCCCCCAACUUAUCGCAGCCUAAUCCUUCUGAUUUAAUUUCAGGAGGGUCAGAAGAUUCUUUGAGACUGCCUUCUCUAUUGUUCGGAUCAGUUAUGAUUACAUGCCACGUAUGAUACAGUUCCUCGAGGCUGGAGGCCUCAUCAUACCCGACAUUGUCAAGUUUGUUGAUGUUAUUACGUACUGACACAGUCACAUUUAUCAAUGCUGACUGAGAGUCUUUUCAAAUCACUCGGACAUUACGUCAGCCACGGUCGUUUACAUGAAGCCUUCAAAGCAUUUUCUCUCAUUCGUCUUCAGUCUUCUUCAAGUGAUCUCCUUUUGCAAUCCGCAGCUUCCCUUUUAUCCGCCUGCGUCGAAGUUCGUUCACUUUCUUCAGGGCUGCAAGUUCACGCUCACUGUGUCUCCUCUGGUGUUGAAUAUGACCCUGCUUUAGUCCCAAAGCUGGUUACUUUUUACUCUUCCUUUAACCUCCACAGUGAAGCUCAGUCAAUUACCGAGAACUCAGGCAUUUUGCAUCCCUUGCCUUGGAAUGUACUCAUCGGUUCGUAUGCCAAGAACGAGCUUUUCGAGGAGGCUAUUGCUGCUUACAAGAGAAUGGUGAGGAAGGGAAUUACACCCGAUGCCUUCACUUAUCCCUCUGUUCUCAAGGCAUGUGGUGAAACACUAGAUUUUGCGUCUGGAAGGGUGGUUCAUGGAUCUAUCGAGGUUAGCUCUCACAAGGGUAGCGUGUAUGUCUGCAAUGCGUUGAUCUCUAUGUAUAAAAGGUUUGGAAACGUGGGUGUUGCUAGGAGGUUGUUUGAUAUGAUGUCUGAAAGAGAUGCUGUCUCGUGGAAUGCAGUGAUAAGCUGUUAUGCUUCGGAAGGCAUGUGGAGUGAAGCGUUUAAGCUUUUCGAUCAGAUGUGGUUUUCAGGUGUAGAAGUCAGCGUCAUAACUUGGAAUAUUGUUUCCGGAGGUUCUUUGCAAACAGGAAACUAUGCAGGAGCUUUGAGUUUGGUCUCUAGGAUGAGAAGUUUCCCCACAGGGUUAGACCACGUGGCUGUGAUUAUUGGCUUGAAGGCUUGCUCGCUCUUAGGAGCAAGACGGUUGGGGAAAGAGAUUCACUGUCUUGCAAUUCGCUGUUCUUACGAUGGGAUUGACAAUGUUCGAAACACGUUGAUCACAAUGUACUCGAAAUGCGACGACCUUAGGCACGCUUUUACAGUGUUUCAACAGAUUGAGGACAAGAGUUUGAGUACUUGGAACUCUAUCAUUUCCGGUUAUGCGCAAGUGAACAGAUCAGAAGAAGCUUCUCACCUUUUCAGGGACAUGAUGCUCCAUGGCCUACAUCCAAAUUCUGUGACGCUUGCAAGCAUUCUCCCUCUUUGUGCUCGGGUUGCAAACCUACAACACGGGAGAGAGUUUCACUGCUACAUCCUGAGGCGCGAGUGCUUCAAGGACUAUACAAUGCUAUGGAACUCUCUCGUAGAUGUUUAUGCAAAAUCAGGAGAAAUUGUAGCUGCACAGCGAAUAUCUGAUUCGAUGAAGGAAAGAGACGAGGUAACAUACACUUCCUUGAUAGAUGGAUAUGGAAAUCAAGGUGAAGGGCGAGUUGCAUUGGCUCUGUUCAAAGAGAUGAUCAUGUCCGGUAUUAAACCUGACCAUGUAACCAUGGUUGCUGUUCUGUCAGCAUGCAGUCAUUCCAAGUUAGUCCGUGAAGGUCAAAGGCUGUUCAGGAAGAUGCAGUGUGAGUAUGGCAUACGUCCUUGUCUUCAACACUUUUCUUGUAUGGUUGAUCUCUAUGGCAGAGCAGGUCUCCUGGGGGAAGCCAUGGAUGUAAUUCAAAGAAUGCCAUAUGAGCCGUCUAGUGCCAUGUGGGCUACUUUGCUAAACGCUUGCCACAUCCACGGGAACACAGAGAUUGGUGAAUGGGCGGCGGAAAAGCUCCUGGAGAUGAAGCCUGAGAAUCCGGGGUACUAUGUGUUGAUUGCAAAUAUGUACGCAGCUGCUGGUUCUUGGAGCAAGCUUGCUGAAGUGAGGAGUUUUAUGAGGGACUUGGGUGUGAAAAAGGCUCCUGGGAGUGCUUGGAUUGACACAGGUUCUGGGUUUAUACUGUUCUCGGUGAGGGACGCAUCAAGCCCUCGAGCGUGUGAGACAUAUCCCCUGUUAGAUGGUCUGAAUCAGCUGAUGAAAGACGCUGCUGGUUGUGCCAUCAAUGAGGAGCAGAGUUCAGAUGAAGAACUUCUUCAAGAAGUAGGAUGAAAAUGAUGGAAAAAAAGGAUGAAAAUGAUGGAGGAUAAAUGAUGGACGUAAAUGGUGGCGUUGAGCUGGAGACUGCUUCAGACGCUAAUGUCAGAGCCGUUUAGGACACAAUCUCCUUGGCCGGCUCCAACUCCCCAGCUGCCUUUGCAGACGAACUACAAGAUGGGAACAGUUGCCACCGUGAACGAGUGACUGUUGUUGGCUUGAAGAUUUUGUUUCCGGGGGAGGAGGAAGAUCUUGGAGCGGGACGAGAAACGGAGACGCCAAAGAAGAGAUGAUAGAAGCAGUGAAGCUCAUCAUGGCUUGUCUUCGUUUUUGUGGCUCAUUUGGGUUUGAUUUUGUGUUUUUCUAUUCUCUCAACACUAACACUUUGAGCAAGAAUAGAAUGUUAUGACCAAAACUCUACACGAACACUAGUUUUACAGGUUGAUAACUUUCGUAUUAAGCUAAAUCGAUCAUCAAUA